AUGUCCAAUCCAGCCAAGGGUCUGCGCGGACUUCUGCGGCCAUGGGUCAUCGCCAGUAAGUCUCAGAAGAAUCCGCAGGAGUCCAGUAGUGCUCCUCCAAGGAAGCUUCCACAAGGGCAGCAGCAGGCGGAAGAGGCCUUGGCUGCCAUAGAGACACCAAAAGAUUUCAUGGACCGUCUACACAGCCAUCCAAGCGCAUUAUACGUCAUUCUCUGGAGGAGAGCGACCCGGGAGAAAGAUUUCCACUGGGGCUUUUAUUUUCACUGGAGUGAUCAACAUGCUGAGAAACAGAACCGAAAGCGUGGGUCAUCCUACUGUGGUAGCAUAUACCGCAUAGUGAGGGAAAAAGGGAGCAAGCGCAAUAAAAGGAACUCCAAACUCACACAGCACUCUGUUGUUGAAGACGACCUUCUAGAGCCAAAAUUUUCGUGCGUCCUCAUUCCUAUCAUGCAGGCUCGCGAUAGAGAUGAAUAUAUUCGGAAGAUCAUGACUUCUUCCCACAUUCGCACUAGCCACCAGCUCAGCGACGAAGAAUAUGUUACUCAAAUCAUCACGGAAAUGAGAGAGAGAAGACACAAGUUUCGCGUCUGGAACGUCUUUGCACCCCUAAACAAUCCCGUGCAAGACAUUAUGGCUGAUUUGGUCGUUCGGGCUGCAAAGCAUAUGCCUGAAGUAGGACCAGGACUAAAGCCGCGACCCGCGCUGGUCCUGGCACGCGAGGGCACGAUCUGGCUUGAUCACAACCGGAAGUCCCGAUACGAACUAGUUCCUGAUCAUAGGAAAUCGCCAAGGCCGGGAGGUUUUGGAAUCCCAGCUACAUCUUAG